UUACGCUCGUCCUCGCACUUUAUCGUCUUCCACAACUUCCCUUGACAUUGUUGAUUCCUUUGAUGGAAGCCGUGAUGGGCCACGUCUAGCUGAUUUAGCAUUGGCCUUCAGAAGACGUUGCAGUAAAUCUUCAGCUUCUUCCACUGUCAUGAAGUGA